UGUGUUAGUGGUCAGAUUCAUGUCUUGUGAAACUGUGACCUACAUUCGAGCACAUUUGGAAAUUGUCUGUCUUUGUUACAUGUAGAGUGUAGAGUCCUGUGUGUUUGAGGGCAUGUUUUUAUAUCUUCAUGAGGACCAAAUGACCUCAGAAGAAUGGUCUGUGAACUGACCAUUUUGCUGGGCAAGGACUGAGAGAGAGAGAGAGAGAGAGAGAGAGAGAGAUGUUGUUCAUCACCCUAACCUCUUUGUUUCUUACAAAUAAGACAAAUGAAGGACAGAGUGUUAUUUACACACAACAGCAGACCCCGUGUGAAGGAAGUGUGGAGUGCGCGAGGAGGGAGAGAAAGUCCCCGGAUGGGACACUCGGCAUACCUCAGGCUGAAGGAUGACUCUGCCGACCCUCUCCUCACACUGGCCCGGGCGAAUCCGUCCUCUGGAGCGUCAGUUGGUGCGUCAGAGAGAGCAGGAGGCGCGGCGUCUCCAGCAGUGGCAGAUACAUUCACAGUAUUUUAAAGAGCAGCAGGUUCGCAGCAGUAAACAGGCCCAUUGGAGCUCCCGCGAGUCCUACCAGCAGAGUAUGUCGGCGUUCCGGCGAGAGCGCCUGCAGGAGGAGAGGAGGAGGAGUGUGGAGGAGCGCAGGGAGCGUCUGAGGAACAUGCUGCAGGAGGAGAACGCACAGCUGGAGGAUGAGCUCCGAGCCUCGGCCCGGGACAGGAGUGCCACCCUCAGGCAGCAGCAGGAGAAGGCAGAGGAUCUGAGAUCAGCCCGGGAAGAGCGCAGGAAGAAGCUCGCACAGGAGCUUCUAAAGGAGCACUGGAAGAAGAACAAUCCAGAACUGCGUAAGGUGGAGUCAGAGCUGCAUAAGGAUCACGUGGUCAGCCAGUGGCAGGUGCAGCAGCAGCACAAAAAACAGGUGGAGGAGCAGGACGCGCAGGAGAGACUGCGUUUUGAGAACGAGUACGAGAGAAGCAGACGGGAGUCACUGGAGAGGAUGAAGGCGGAGGAGGAGAGGAGGAAGGAGAAAGAGAGGGAGAGAGUCGAGUUCCUGCGCAGACAGAUGGAGGAGCUGAAAGUCAGAGAUGAGGAGAGUCGGCGUCUGCAGCAGGAGGAGGACUCUCUUUUGACCAAGCGUUUGGAGGUGGAGCAGCUGGAGGAGGACAGGAGGAGAGCCGAGGAGAGCCGGAAGAAAUCGGAGUUCGGAUGUUUCCUGAGCCGUCAGUAUCGAGCACAGCUGAAGAGACGAGCGCAGCAGGUCCAGGAGGAACUGGAGGCGGACCGGAGGAUCCUGGCGGCGCUGAUGGAGGGCGAGGAGGAGGAACGGCGCGUGGAGAGUGUGAGGAGGGAGAGGGCGGUGGCUGACGUGGCAUGGAUGAAGAAGGUUCUGGAAGAGCAGCUGCAGCUGGAGAGAGAGCGAGAAGCAGAGUUCGACCUGCUCUAUAGAGAGGAAGCACAGAGGGUGUGGGAUCAGCGUGAGGCUCAGUGGGAGAGGGAGAGGAGAGCCAGAGAACGACUCAUGCACGAGGUGCUGAGUGUGCGUCAGGAGCAGCUGCACGAGCGGAUGGAGGAGAAGCGCAGGGCUCGGGAGGAGUGCGAGAGGAGGAGGGCGGAGCUUCUACAGCAGCUGGAGGAGGAAGAGGAGGAGAAACGACAGCAGAGGGAGGAGCAGGAGCAGCAACACACCACACGCAUGCUAGAUAUCAACGCUCAGGUGGAACAGAGACGCAGGAAGCUGUGGGAGGAGCAGCGGAGGCUGGAGCAGGAGGAGGAGGAGCUGAGGGAGGGGCUUAGGCUUGAGGAGGAGGAGCUUCGUCUGGAGACAGAGAGGAUGACUCGGCGUGGCUAUGAGGAGAGGGUUCGCAGCAGACCCUGUUCCGCCUGGACAUGAGGUUAUAAGGACACGCCCACUCUCACGCUCAUGCCCUGCUUGUUGUUUGUGGUUUUCCGGCUGUAGCGCAGUGACUCGGAUCAGGUAGAGUGUGUGAAGAGUGAAUCAGGUGUGUGUGUGUGUGUGUGUGUGUGUGUCAGGACACAGCACUAUUAGAUAUGAGCUGCUCAUAUUUUACUGGUUUAUUAAUCCUGAUGAAUCUAAAGUACACCAGAGUGUGUUGUGUUGAAUCUCCUGUUAGAUUAGCUCAUGACUGUUGGCUAGCUUUAUAGCCUAGCAUAAUGUUUUAUAGAAUUAAAUCAAAUGUAUCAUGUUUUGUAUCUCUAAAGUGUUGUGUAUUUAUAUGAGUUUGUACAUCUUCACAAAUUUGUAAUUAAACAUGUUUUUGGCCAAACAGGGCUCAUGACCAU